AUGCAGGCCAUCCCCAGAACCGCCGCGCGCUCGGCGCUGCGCAACGCUGCCCGCCGUAACUACAGCUCGGCCAGCUCUCCGUACUCCAAGACGAUCGAGAACCUGCGCAUCAACGGCGAGACCAAGGUCAUCUUCCAGGGCUUUACCGGAAAGCAGGGAACUUUCCACGCCUCGCAAGCCAUUGAGUACGGUACCAAGGUUGUUGGUGGAACAAACCCCAAGAAGGCUGGCCAGACACAUCUCGACCUGCCCGUCUUCAAGAACGUCUCCGACGCCGUCAAGGAGACGGGAGCAACCGCUACCGCGCUCUUCGUCCCCCCUCCUCUGGCCGCCGCCGGUAUCGAAGAGGCUCUCCAGGCCGAGAUCCCCCUUGCCGUCUGCAUCACCGAGGGAAUUCCUCAACAUGACAUGGUCCGCAUCACCCAGAUGCUCAAGACCCAGUCCAAGACGCGCCUCGUCGGCCCCAACUGCCCCGGCAUCAUCGCCCCCGGCCAGUGCAAGAUCGGCAUCAUGCCCGGCUUCAUCCACAAGCGCGGCCGCAUCGGCAUCGUCUCCCGCUCCGGCACCCUGACCUACGAGGCCGUCAACCAGACCACCCAGGCCGGCCUCGGCCAGUCCCUCGUCGUCGGCAUCGGCGGUGACCCCUUCAGCGGCACCAACUUCAUCGACUGCCUCAAGGUCUUCCUCGAGGACGAGGAGACGGACGGCAUCAUCAUGAUUGGCGAGAUUGGCGGUUCCGCCGAGGAGGACGCCGCCGAGUUCCUCAAGCAGGCCAACACCGUCAACGGCGGCAAGCCCGUCGUCAGCUUCAUCGCCGGCAUCUCCGCUCCCCCCGGCCGCCGUAUGGGCCACGCCGGUGCCAUCGUCUCCGGCGGCAAGGGCGGCGCCGACUCCAAGAUUGCCGCUCUCGAGAACGCCGGCGUCAUUGUCGAGCGCUCCCCCGCCGGUCUGGGCAAGGCUCUGUACAACGAGUUUGUCCGCCGCGACCUGCUGUAA